AUAAAAGAAUAUGGCGAAAAUCCUUUUUGACAUCAGAUCUGCGGCCAAGGUAGAAAGAGUGUACGACGAUUCGGACACUAAAGCUGAUAGAGGUAUUAGUGUUUUUACAGCCUCGAUGGAGGAUAUUCCUGAAGGCUACUAUAUGAUUGGCCAGGCUGCUGUCCGUCAAACCGGCGUCAAAGAUGUACCCAAAUCCUCCAUAAUCCUGGUGAAGCCUUCGGAUCCCGACCUCAUAAAGAUUCCAGUAAAUUACAGUAAGAAAUGGAACGACAAAGGUUCCGAAGGGAAACUCGAUGGUACAUUUUGGAGAGUUAUUGCGCCUGAAGGCUACGUGGCACUGGGAGAUGUUGUUACUGACAACUACUCACAACCGCUGACUGCAUUCACAAACAAGUUUGCCUGCAUUAGACAAGAUCUGUUGGUUUCGGGUGAACUAAACCCGCAAAGUUUAUGGAAUGAUAAAGGAUCGGGUGCAGAUUUGUCAGGAUCAGUUUGGGAAGUUGAUGGUCAUGGCCUUGCCGGAUUAUUCAAAGUUCAGGCUGGUUACGACAUACCUCAGAUACCUGUUUUUGUUCUUCCUGCCAGUGUAGCUAAAAAAUAGUGAAACUUGUGACAUUCAGUUUGAUUACAUACUGAAACUUUAUUACUUAAUUUAGAUUGAUGCAUGCAUGGUGAUUUAGAUUUCUG